AUGACUAAGACUAAAGCAUAUCAAGAUUUAGGUAAAACAAAUCCACUUGAAUCUUUAGUUGAACGUACAAAUAAUUUCCUUUAUGGAAACGAUGAGGCUGAAUUAGCCCAUCUUUAUUUCUUACCUAAAGCACAUAAACCAGGAACACCAUUAAGACCUAUAAUGUCUGGUCUUAAAUCUCCAACUAUAGAAAUAUCUAGAUGGUUGGAUAGUUUGUUAAGACCAUUGUUCGAUCGUCUAGCCAUAAAUACAACCGUUAAAAAUGGCCUUCAACUAAUAUAA